GAAGUUUCUAGCGAUGAAGGACUGGACAAACGUGAUAUAAACGUGUGUCGUUCACACGUCAAGAUAACGCGGUACAAUUCACAUGGACACAAUUCGCAGGUAAAAUGUCUUAAAACUGACACUAUAGUAUUCUUGUUUUCCCUUCGUAGAAACAAAGUGCUUUUCCUUAAAAUCAAACCGAAAAAAAAGACCGUUCGUACUUUGUAGCAGAAAUUGACACUAAAAAUACAUGAUCAGUUUAAAGCCGAAUGAGGUUGUAAAUCCCAGGAUAGGAAACUUAUUAGCAACACAAGCUUUCGAUUCCAUCAUGGAAUCUUUAUCAAGUGAUGGAGUUGGACGUUUUGUCACGUGAUUUAUACAGUGACAAGUCGUUACGGUCGAUCGCGAGGAGCUCCUAACCAGUGUCCCUGUUCAAUGCUGGAGCGCGACAAUAUAUUUCGAUGGCCUCCCUGAGUCUUCUCUUAAAAAAUGUCGUCUUCUCUCGCAAGGAUCUUCAUGACAGGAUUAAGUAACCUUUCUUUGCUAAAAUGACCAGAUCACAAGACAACUGAUCUGUUUUCUGCAGAAAAUUCAGUAUUUGGCAUAUCUUGCUUUAAAAAGUCUCAUUCAUUCUCUGCCACUAAGGUGUUGUUUGUUCUAACAAAACCAUAAAGGGACAAAAGGAACCAAAGAAGCCAAUUAGAUUCCGUCCAAACUCCUGCGUUGAUUAUCUGCGCCGUGGGAUCUCCCAAAGUGGCAGAUACAAACUUUACGACCAGACUGGAAAAACUUACGCAGCUUACUGUGACAUGAAGUCCGAGUUAGACACUGCAUGGACUAUGGUGAUGUCAUGGACUCCCGUAAAUCGAAGGCUCUCGGCAUUUUUCAAAAUUCCCUUUAAGUACAAUUCCCCACAAAACGAAGACGCCCUAAACUGGGAUCUUUACCGCCUUAGUCUGGCGCGAAUGAGAUUCCUACAGACUCACUCCACCCACUGGCGAGCCACAUGCAGCUACCCGACCCACGGCAUCGACUUCAAAGAUUACCUCCGUGGAAAUUUCAAGGACUUUAACAUCUUUGAUUUCGUUGGAGAACGACAGUGCAAGAAAGUGGAAGACGUCAACAUCCGGGGACACGUGGGUACGGAUCUGACGGCGCUUUUCUGGCAGAAGCUAAAUACAUGGACAUUGCAUAUCGACAGUACCCACACCCACUGUUGGUUCAAGACGGCGACAUCUGGUGCGGCGUCAAGUGAAGACAACUUUGGCUGGUAUGGAGACGGCCUCAGGGAGACCAGUCCUCUACCCAGUGGUGGUUUGGAGCUCACCUUUAAUCUGUUACGGGCACAACAGUCUUUCAGUGGGCCAAAGAAUUGUAACAAAGUACCCUGUAGUGUUUUAGAGGUCUUGAAUAAAAAUGUCUUCGCACACUAA